CUCUAUAAGUAGCUGGGAUCAAGGCACAUCCUAGCACAUUGAAAACUGCGAGCUUGCUCAAUAGAGUCUCUCUGUUGAAAUCAUAGAUUUUACAAAAGUUUCAUCAACAACACCACCAUCAUCAUCAUGAAAUUUUUAAUUAUUACUGCAUUGGUAGCAUUGGCAUCAGCAGCUCCAUCAGCUGAUCCAAAUGCUGCAGCUGCACCUGGACCAUUACCUGGACCAGGACCAGCACCAGCGCCAAUUGCUCAUCCAAGUCCAAUAGCACAACCAGAUCCAUUACCAAAAGCAUCACCAAUUCCAGAACCAGCUCCAUUACCAAAAGCAGCAGUAGCUGAUGCAGCAUCUCAUCAUGCUGCUGGUAGUGAACAUCAUGGUGAACAUCAUUCUGCUGGAUCACCAUUACCAGCUGGUUUAUCAAGUGGUGUUGCUGCUGGUGGUGAUGCUGAUGGCUCAUCAAUAGCUUCAUCAUUUGUUAAAUCAGGUGUUAAUCCAGGUGCACCAGUAUCAAUUGCAGCAUCAGGUGCUGAAUCAAGUGGUGUUGCUGGUUUAGGAAAUUCUGGUAUUGUUGGUAUAUCAUCUGAUGCUGGUGUUGUUGCUCCAUCAGCUGAUGCUCAUAGUCCAAUUGCUGCUGCUGCUGCUGCAAUAGCUGUACCAUCAGCAAAACAACUUUUCUUUGCUCAGCCAUAUAUUCAAGCACCAGCAUCAGCAGCCAAGCUUCUUACUCCAAUUCCUUAUACUGCAAUAGCUCCAUUUCCUGCUUGGAGUGGACUUCCAACAAUUCCAGCACUGUACACAGUUCAACAACAUGGAUACCAUGUCACCUACUAAUCGAUAAAAAUUCAAUCAAUCAGAUAUUUAUCGUCAUAUCAUCAAUUUUCAAAUCAUUCACCAUCUUCAUCAAUAAAUUAAAAAAAUAUAUUUAUACGCAUCGUAUCAUUGCUGCUCAAUCCAAUCAAGCCGAUCACUUUGCUUCAUCUGGAAAUUUAUCAUCAUCACUCGCUUUAAUUUAAAAUCGGCCAUCCAGAUCUCUGCCUUACUUAUUGCUGCUAUCUUUUAUCAUUCUUCAUGUAUCGCACAAAAGAUAUUACAAAAAAAAAAAUACAAAAAAAAAAAAACAAAAAAAUAAA